UCAGACAAGAAGAAGAGGACGAAUUGAAGAUCUUCUUAUAUUUCUGAUUUCUAAAUGGAGGUUCUUAAGAAACUACCUACUUCAGAUUCUAUUGUAAAAGAUGAAGUUGCUGGAUCUGAUGGCGGCAUCCAAGAAAGUAGAAAGGUGAGUCAUGAACUUGAAUCUGCAAAUGUUGAGAUGCGUGAAAUGAAGGAGGAGAAUGAGAAACUUAAAGUAAUGCUAGAACAUAUUGAGAGUGAUUACAAGUCUCUUAGACUCAGAUAUUUGAACAAAGUUCAGCAAAAAUCUUCAGCCAAACCAGUUCCGGAUAACAAGAAUGAUCAUCUCAACGCAGAGUUUUUAAGUUCUUCUGAUCAAGAACGUGAAUUUGUUUCGCUUUCUCUGGGGAGAAGAAGCUCAAAUUCUCCAGCUAAUAGCAUUGCCAAUAAAGAAGAGAAGACAAAAUUAAUAUGCUUAGGAGCCAAGGAAGAAGAGGAAUUGACAAAUGCGGGUUUGGCUUUAGGACCAGCCGUUGGAUUAGCAAAGGAAAAUCGUGCCAUUUCAAGCCUAGAAUAUAGCUCAUCAGAAGAAGCUCCAGCCAUGAAUAAAGUCACCGGGAAGAGAAGUUCUCCUAGUGGCGGUGCUGAUGAUAAUAGUCAGCAAAAUCUUGCCAAAAGAUCUAGAGUUUGUGUUAGAGCAAGAUGUGACACUCUCACGAUGAAUGAUGGCUGUCAAUGGAGAAAAUACGGACAAAAGGUUGCGAAAGGAAACCCUUGUCCAAGAGCAUAUUACCGCUGCACGGUUGCACCUGGUUGUCCUGUUCGAAGACAGGUCCAAAGAUGCGUGGAUGACAUGUCAAUUCUAAUCACAACUUAUGAAGGAACACACAACCACCCUCUUCCACUCACAGCCACCGCCAUGGCUUCCACCACCGCAGCUGCGGCCUCCAUGCUCCUCUCUGGUUCCUCCACAUCAGGGUUAGACACCGAGAUGAUCAAGAACGGUAUGAACUUCAAACUUUAUGACAACAAUUCAAGAUUCAUAAACAAACCAACCGUUCUCUCGCCUUUACACCCUACAGUCACUCUAGAUCUCACUACUCCUAUGCCAAAACCAUCUUCAUCACCAUAUUCUUUGAACUUCAACACAUUUUCUUCACUCCAAAGGUUCCCUUCCACAAGCCUUAAUUUCUCUGCUUCUUCUUCUUCCUCCGAUUCAACUUCAACCAUCAACAUUCCCACGAUAUGGGGUAGUGGAUACGCUUCUUGCAGUCCUAUUACAGAUAAUAAGGUACACACCGGAGGGCCAUCAUUUCCAAAUAUUGGAAAAAACCUACCGCAAAACCCUUCUUUGACCGAAACCCUAACGAAGGCUCUUACUUCUGACCCAAGUUUCCACUCAGUGAUAGCACAAGCCAUAUCAACUAUGGUCGGAUCAGGGAAUGGAGAUCAGCAAUCCGCUCGUACCUUAAAUAGCCAACAGGCUGCUGCAGAUUCUAACAACCAAAAUAAAGGAUGUGAAGGGCAUUUCAGCAGCUUAUUGAUGUCAAAUAUGGCGAAUCCAGGAAUGUUAUCAACGUUAAACCUACCGUCGUCAGAACUUCCAUUCACUUUGUUCACGACUUCUUCUUCUUCGUCUAAGCCAAGUUUUUCGAACGAGGAAAAAAAGAGGUUGUAA